UUCGCUACUGGAUAGAAAAUGAAGGGGCAGAAGCAAGUGGAUAUGGCGUUUCAUUCGUGUCAUCUUCUCCUUCAAGUUUCGAACUUUUCCAUUCAAUAUGGCAAAUGCGCUAAACUUUCUUCCCUAUUUCCACAGUGAUGGUUAUCGGAUUGGAUGAGAUUCCCCAGUUGAUGAUGGAGUGAGAUGAAAGAGUAAAGAACAUUUUGGGAUAUCUAUAGCUUAUGGGUUUUUGAUAUUUCAGGAUUUUAUCUGCUAAGCUCUUAAAUUUGAACAGAAUAUAUAUAAAUUGCUCUAUUUUGGAGGUUCCUGUAUGUUGCCAUGCAAAAGCAGAAUAUUCUAUAUUCCAAGACCUCUUUCCUCUUUGGAACCAGCCUUGAUAGGCAAUGUGGUUCUAGAAUUGUUCAUAUGGUUCCAACCAUGAGUCUUUGUAGAUGUAAUACAAAUUCGUGUCGUGUACGAGCCAAAAUUGUGCCUAUCAAAAGGAUUGCAGGCUUGGAUUUUCUGAAAAACAGUGAUGUUAUGCAACCUGGAAGAAUCAGAGGUGUGGCUGAUGGAAAUCCUGGGGAAUUAUCUGAUGAAGACGAAGAUCUUUGUCCUGUGGAUUGUGUUAGAGAAUUUAAGAGCGAUGAGGAAUUCUUCAAAAUUCUUGAAAAUGCCAAAGAAACUGAUACUUUAGUGGUGGUAGAUUUUUUCCGCCCUUCUUGUGGAAGCUGCAAGUAUAUAGAGCAGGGGUUUGCAAAAUUAUGCAAGGGAGCUGGUGAUGAUGAGGCUCCAGUGAUAUUCUUAAAGCAUAAUGUUAUUGAUGAGUAUGAUGAGCAAUCUGAGGUUGCUGAACGACUAAGAAUAAAGACAGUGCCUCUCUUCCAUUUCUAUAAAAAUGGAGUCCUGUUGGAAGCAUUCCCUACCAGAGACAAGGAGAGGAUUAUUGCAGCAAUUCUUAAAUACGCAUCGCCUGCAUCUACAGCCUACAUGAAUUAGUCAGGUUACACUCUCAAACUUUGUUCCUGCAGAAAAAUAAUGAAAUAUUUGGAGGGAGAGUACGUGCGAUUGACUGCUACAGAAUAUUUGUCUGUAAUAAAUACAGCGUAUACUUAAACGAUAGUCUUGUGAGUGUAGAAGGUAAAGUUAUGUGUCUUCAUACUUGCAUUCAUUUGCUAUUGGAAUAACAACAUCUCAUGCCAGAUGAUCUGAUGAACAUCUCAGCCAUCCUAGUAGAGGUUGCAUAUGUUCCAAGGAAGAAGGAAAGGAGUAAUUUAUGUUCCUUUUGCAUUUCUUAUUGACAUGAUUAGAUGUUCAUUAGCUUCCAGCAACGUUGAGAUAUAUUCUGAAAUGCUAGAAGCUUCCAUAUCUGGAAUAUGAUAAA